AUGGAUUCUCUUGUGGUCCUUGUGCUCUGUCUCUCCUGUUUGCUUCUCCUUUCACUCUGGAGACAGAGAUCUGGGAGAGGAAAACUCCCUCCUGGCCCCACUCCUCUCCCAGUGAUUGGAAAUAUCCUACAGAUAGAUAUUAAGGACGUCAGCAAAUCCUUAACCAAUCUCUCAAAAGUCUAUGGCCCUGUGUUCACUCUGUAUUUUGGCCUGGAACGCAUGGUGGUGCUGCAUGGAUACGAAGCGGUGAAGGAAGCCCUGAUUGAUCUUGGAGAGGAGUUUUCCGGAAGAGGACAUUUUCCAUUGGCUGACAGAGCUAACAGAGGAUUUGGAAUCAUUUUCAGCAAUGGAAAGAGAUGGAAGGAGAUCCGGCGUUUCUCCCUCAUGACACUGCGGAAUUUUGGGAUGGGGAAGAGGAGCAUUGAGGAUCGAGUUCAAGAGGAAGCCCGCUGCCUUGUGGAGGAGUUGAGAAAAACCAAGGAUCACGUCACCAGAGAAUACCUGGCAAGUGGACAUAGUGGGAAUGACCCUAUCACACCCCUAGGGAGCAUGAACCAAAUGAUCUGCAAUAAUUUUCCUCCUUUCCUUGAUUAUUUCCCGGGAGCCCAUAACAAAUUACUUAAAAACAUUGCUUUUGUGAAAAGUUAUAUUUUGGAGAAAGUAAAAGAACACCAAGAAUCAAUGGACAUGAACAACCCUCGGGACUUUAUUGAUUGCUUCCUGAUCAAAAUGGAGAAGGAAAAGCACAACCAGCAGUCUGAAUUUACUAUUGAAAACUUGGAAAACACUGCAGUUGACUUGUUUACAGCUGGGACAGAGACGACAAGCACAACCCUGAGAUAUGCUCUCCUUCUCCUACUGAAGCACCCAGAGGUCACAGCUAAAGUCCAGGAAGAGAUUGAACGUGUGAUUGGCAGAAACCGGAGCCCCUGCAUGCAGGACAGGAGCCACAUGCCCUACACAGAUGCUGUGGUGCAUGAGGUCCAGAGAUACAUUGACCUCCUCCCUACCAACCUGCCCCAUGCAGUGACCUGUGAUGUUAAAUUCAGAAACUACCUCAUCCCCAAGGGCACAACCAUAUUAAUUUCCCUGAGUUCUGUGCUACAUGACAACAAAGAAUUUCCCAACCCAGAGAUGUUUGACCCUCGUCACUUUCUGGAUGAAGGUGGCAAUUUUAAGAAAAGUAACUACUUCAUGCCUUUCUCAGCAGGAAAACGGAUUUGUGUGGGAGAAGGCCUGGCCCGCAUGGAGCUGUUUUUAUUCCUGACCUCCAUUUUACAGAACUUUAACCUGAAAUCUCUGGUUGACCCAAAGGACCUUGACACCACUCCAGUUUUAAAUGGACUUGCCUCUGUGCCACCCUUCUACCAGCUGUGCUUCAUUCCUGUCUGAAGAAGAGCAGAUGGUCUGGUUGCUGCUGUGCUGUCCCUGCAGCUCUCUUUCCUCUGGGGCGUUAUCCACAUUUCACUAUAUGUGAUGCCUUUUCUGGCCUGUCAUCUCACAUUUUCACUUCCCUCAAGAUCUAGUGAACAUUCAGCCUCCGUUAAGGAGAGUUUCCUAUGCUUCACAAUGCAAAUAUAUCUGCUAUUCUCCAUACUCUGUAACGGUUGCAUUGACUGUCACAUAAUACUGAUACUUAUCUAAUGUUGUUAUUAAUAUGUUAUUAUUAAAUAGAGAAAGAUGAUUUGUGUAUCAUAAUUCAAAGGCAUUUCUUUUCUGCAUGUUCUAAAUAAAAAGCAUUAUUAUUUGCUGAGUCAGUUUAUUAGACCUUCCUUCUUUUAUGCAUAAUGCAGGUCAGAAAUUAAAGAAAAAUAGAGUUCCAGGAGGCCCUGCUGGUUCUCAAAAUGAUAAGGACAGAAAGGACAAAGGGGAAGAGGGUAGGGAAGCUAUUUUUGCUGAGUGUGAGAGUUAUUUGAGGAUUGGAUUUGAAAGUGAGAAACUGUUCAGGAGCAGCUCCAACCUGUAGGGAAAUAUUAAGAGGAUCAGCCAAAGGGAGGAAUGGACAUUAAAUGUUAGAAUUCUUAUAUCCACAUUGGUGUUCCUCUUUUUUUUUUGAAACAAAGUCUUGCUCUGUCACCCAGGUGGUAGUACAGUGGUGGGAUCUUGGCUCUCUGCAACCUCCACCUCCCAGGUUCAAGUGAUUCUCCUGCCUCAGCCUCCUGAGUAGCCGGGAUUACAGGUGCAUGCCACCACGCCUUGCUAAUUUUUUGUAUUUUUAGUACAGACGGGUUUUCACCAUGUUAGCUAGGAUGGUCUCGAUCUCCUGACCUCGUGAUCUGCCCGCCUCAGCCUCCCAAAGUGCUGGGAUUACAGCUGUGAGCCACUGCACCUGGCCUGGUGUUACUUUAAAGUGUCAUUACUUUAUCUCUAAAGAAUCAGAUUACUUAUUACUUUUGUUACUUCAUGUUUCCAACUUAUAAUGAUAUAAUGAAGUAUAAAUAUAUGCUUUCAUAUUGC